GAAUGGAUCUGCUCAAACUCUCACAGCCAAAUUUCUCUCUCCUCUUUUCUCUCUCAUCGCACCAAUCAUAGGUUCUUGGGUUAGGGAGAGAAAAAAAAACUGUUCGUUAGGAAGAGUGUGUUUUAAAGAGGAGGGAAUGACCUCCAUCAUCAUUCAAUCCCAUGUGCUUGUGCUUCUUCUUCAAUCCCCAAAUCUGUUUCAUUGAUCCAUUCUUCUUCUUCGUAUUCGUCUUCUACUUUCUAGGGUUUUGAAACGGACGCAGGCAAAAAAGCUGAGGCCUCGCACCUAUUCGCUGAACGAAUCAUUUGCUUUUCCUUCAAAAGCCGUGACGAGGCUUGCUUGCCAUUGUUUCAAAAAUUUCUAGACAGAGAAAGUGUUUUGGAGAGAGAUAAAGUCGCAUUUGUGCCGAAUUCCGAAGAGGGAAAGCUCCAAGAGCGAUGUUGGCACUGGUUGGGGGAGAAGGAGCUACGAUGGAGCAGGAUUUUGAUGCUAAUCUUAGGGUCCAGAGCAGCGUCUCCUCUAAUGGCGGUGGAAACGUGCAGAGAUCUAGGAGCUUUGCGUUUAGGGCGCCGCAGGAGAAUUUCAUCAUUCAGGACUUUGAAUUGGGCAAGAUCUACGGUGUUGGUUCAUAUUCGAAGGUUGUGAGGGCAAAGAAGAAGGACACAGGGAUUGUGUAUGCCUUGAAAAUCAUGGACAAAAAAUUCAUUACCAAAGAAAAUAAAACAGCUUAUGUGAAGCUGGAAAGAAUUGUACUCGAUCAGUUGGAUCAUCCUGGCAUCGUACGGCUAUUUUUCACUUUCCAAGACACUUUUUCUCUGUACAUGGCCCUUGAAUCAUGUGAAGGUGGAGAACUUUUUGAUCAAAUAACCAGGAAAGGCCGUUUGUCAGAGGAUGAAGCUCGCUUCUAUGCAGCAGAAGUUGUAGAUGCUCUUGAGUACAUUCAUAGUUUGGGAUUGAUACAUAGAGACAUUAAGCCAGAGAACUUGCUACUUACUGCAGAUGGGCAUAUUAAAAUAGCUGAUUUCGGUAGUGUGAAGCCUAUGCAGGAUAGCCGAAUCACGGUCCUUCCAAAUGCUGCAUCAGAUGAUAAGGCUUGCACAUUUGUGGGAACAGCUGCAUAUGUCCCUCCCGAAGUACUUAAUUCUUCCCCUGCAACUUUUGGAAAUGAUCUCUGGGCACUCGGAUGCACCUUGUACCAGAUGCUUUCAGGAACUUCUCCCUUCAAAGAUGCAAGUGAAUGGCUUAUCUUCCAAAGAAUUAUAGCUAGAGAUAUUAGAUUUCCAAAUUAUUUUUCAGAAGAAGCUAGAGAUCUCAUUGACCAUUUAUUGGAUAUAGAACCCAGCAGAAGACCAGGUGCUGGACCUGGUGGCUAUGCUUCACUCAAGAAUCACCCUUUCUUUAAAGGGAUCAACUGGAAGAAUUUAAGAGGGCGAACCCCACCAAAACUUGCUUUGGAGCCAACGUCAGGUGAUGCUGAUGAUGUUCAAGAUUCUUCAUGGAACCCUACACACAUUGGAGAUGGCUUACCACGACAAGGUGAUGGGAAUGUCGGUGCAUCAACUUCUGAAGGACCUGCUCAUAUAACUAGGCUCGCUUCAAUUGACUCCUUUGAUUCCAAAUGGCAACAGUUUCUGGAUCCGGGGGAAUCUGUUCUAAUGAUCUCAAUGGUGAAGAAGCUACAGAAACUGACGAGCAAAAAGGUGCAGCUAAUCCUUACAAACAAACCAAAAUUAAUUUAUGUGGACCCAUCAAAGCUGAUGGUAAAGGGGAACAUUAUCUGGUCAGACAACCAAAACGACCUCAGUGUCCAAGUAACAAGUCCUUCACAUUUCAAGAUUUGCACGCCAAAAAAGGUCAUGUCAUUUGAGGAUGCGAAACAAAGAGCAUGGCAGUGGAAAAAGGCGAUAGAGGGGCUUCAAAACCGGUGAAACUGUAUGUGGCCUAUCAACACAUUCUUUCAAUGUUAUGAUGAUGUAGAGGAACGCGGAGAUCCUUAAAUUACCGGAUGCUCCUGAGAUUUAUUAAUUUAUUGAAAAAGAUAGAUUAAGGCUGUACGAUGUGCACAAUGGGAAAUCCUAGUUUCGGGGCUUUUUCCCAUGGGGGCUUUGUUCAGUUUUUUUUUUCCUACUGUAUUAAAAAAUACCAGCCAUUAAUGAAAAUUUUCCUUUCUUGAAAA